AUGGGACUAGUUGAUAGCGGACCCGAGGCUCCAGGCUCGCAUCCUCUUCGUCUCAAAGCCGUACUUGAGCAGAUUCACCAAGAAGAUUGUCCCCAAAUUCCAAAUCCUCCAGGAUGUACGAAACGGGCAGCAGUCGCUUUGGUUCUACGAAUCCGACCCACAUACCCUCACCAGGCAGUCUACGACAAGAAGCAAUGCUCCUCAGUAGCCCAGCCGUUCCAGGAAUGCUUGGACAGCUUUUUCUCGCAAGCAUGGGUCCAGGAAGGAGAUGCCGAGGUUCUUUUUAUCAAACGAGCUGCUAGGGUAGGCGACAGAUGGACUGGUCACAUUGCCCUUCCAGGUGGGAAGAGGGAGCCGGCUGAUUUGGAUGAUCGUGCAACAAGCUCAAGGGAAACAAGGGAAGAGACGGGCCUUGAGCUUGACAGUGAACAUUGUCUUGAAGUCGGCAAUUUGCCUGAGAGGAUAAUCAAGUCACCUUGGGGUAAAACGCCGCUAAUGGUACUCUGUCCAUUUGUCUAUCUUGCUCUGCGGCAUGACCUUCCUCCCUUAACCCUCCAGCCUUCUGAAGUGCAUUCGGCCCAUUGGGUGGCAUUGAGAGGGCUUUUGGCGCCUUCGCUUCGGACUGUUGAACGAUGGGACCUUUCUAAGGGCUCACCGCGGAAAGGCUACGUUGCGCAAAUGCUUACUCGGGCCACAGCUGGUUAUAUGCUUUUUGGUGGGAUUAAACUGAUACCAACCGAGAGUUUAUACAACAGUGCAGCCAGCGGCUUCAUCCCUGAAACCAGGAGUCCAGCUACUUGGACCGAGUCUGCAAAUAUUAUGAUCAGGAACGCUUUCACAGGAGAUCCUACCCAGCAUGUUGAGAAUGAUCGUUCUCUAGUGCUGUGGGGUUUGACUAUGGGAAUUAUGGCAGACUUCCUCGAAAUGCUUGACAUACAUGGAACGUCAAAGCUAUGGUACUGGCCCCAGUUUUCACCUUGGGAUCUGCGUGUAGUGGUAAUGCUGCUUACCUACAGAUUCCGUUCACAGAAGCUGCAAGAAUUGACUGCGACAACCGCUAGGCCUAGGCCCAACGAUGUCCGGAUUAGCGGGUUCGAUGCCACGACUUUCACGACAUCGGUCAGGCGACAGAGUAAAGGGUCAGAGUCUGGUAUUGCUGGUGGGCUCUUGCUUGAAGGCUACUUUGAUCGCCUGUUCAAGGCUCUCUAUGUGGCCCUUUUCGCAAGAUUUGGCCUCGGUCUUGCUUUGACGGCUUUCAUAGUCCGACGAUUUCGUCGGCGUGUCAAAUGA